UUGUCUGAACUGAAAGCACGUGAAAAUAGGCGGGGAGGCAAUUUUUCAUUGUGCCGGGAUUGUGAUGGGCAAUCAGUGGCUUUCGAGCUGGCUUGUAAACGCCACAAGCUCCGUGUGGGGAAAAAAGCCCUACAACGGUAAUCUCAACAACAGGCAGGCACACGAAGCGAAAGGGGGGAAACAUUAGAGCUGCCAUUCACAUUCAGAUCAGGCUGAGAGCCGCUUUGCGCCCGGCGAGCUCUGCGCUUUCACGGGAGCUGAACAGCUGAGGACGCGCUUUUCUACGUGACGAAAAAACCGGAGACAACAUAUCGCUCGUGGUUGCUCUAGUCCAUGGAAGAAAGUAAAGGGGGCUGCAUUCAUUGUGCACUUCCUAUUUGGAUUAUUAUUUCCAUUAUAAUCCGCACGGGGGAGGGGGCCGACCAGCGAGUUUGAAUCAAGGCGCCUUGAACCCCCCCCCCACUCCAGACAAUAGAUUAGGCAGAGGAGCUGUCCAGUUAGCGGUCAGCCUCACCAGAAGCUGGGGAGCGGGUAGCAUUGACAGCCGCCCCCGGGAAGCUAUUUUUGGGGACGGGGGAGGAGGCGACACCAAGGAAGACGGGCAAAAGAAAGCAAGAGGAUCGCAGUCGCAUCCGGACGGCUGAUGUGUUUUCAGCGUCUCCACAAAGGAAUUAAAAAUUUCUGUUUCGUGCAACAUUAACACGCACAUUUAAUGUUGGUCGUGCGCGUUCUGGUCAACCGCAACUCAGGAACUGACCGGAAAGAAAACUCGGUAAUUUACAAACGGUAUGACUCUGGUGCAAUCUGUUUUAAUAUAUCUACACAGAUUUAUAUUUGAUCAGCUAAGAAGGGGAUUUUUUUUUCGGACGGAGAGCCUAACAAAGGAUUUCCAAAGAAGGCAAGGCGAACAAUAGCUCUCAUCGCCCUUAGUAAAGUCCUCUUUCCUGCUCACCAAAGCGUACACGGGUGCGCGUCCGGAGCCGGCUGCAGUGGAGCCCCGGGCAGCGGUCAGACCCCGUCAUUUGCUCAGUGCUGCAAUUUGCGUUGGGAAAUUUCCUGGAAGCGCGUAUGGAAACAGCGACUCAAGCAGGAGCUUCUAAAUCCGAAAUGUGACUUUAUCCAUUUUCCCCCAGAACCACGCGACAGGUGUAUUUUUUGCGAUCAAGAAACUGUUUACAUCUCAAGUGAUGGCAUCCCCUUCCAUGAUCUUCGGUCUCCUCCUCCUCUCCCUUGUGGGCGGUGGCUUUUCAGAAGAUGAGGCUUCCCCUCGUGGCUGCGGCUCCUUCCUGAAGAGGCCCCUCACCGCGCUGUGCGACCUGGACGCGGUGUGGGGCGUGGCGGUGGAGGCGGCGGCUGGCGGCGCAGCCCUGGCCUCACUCAUCCUGGCGCUGGUGCUGCUUUGCCGGCUGCGGCGAAUCACCGAAGCUGAGAAGCGCAGUGGGGUGGCGGCACUGCUCCUGCUGCUCGGCGCCAUCGUCGGCCUCUGUGCCCUCAGCUUCGCGUACCUCAUCGAGCGAGAUGAGCGUCUCUGUAUCAUCCGGCGCGCCCUCUGGGGGGCGCUGUUCGCCACGUGCUUUGCCUGCCUGGUGACCCAGGGUGUGCGGCUGCGCCGGUUGGUGCGCGGCGCCCGCGGUCCCAGCGGCUGUGCCCUGGCAGGGCUGGCAGUGGGCUUGGCCACGGUGCAGGGUAUCAUCGCCGCUGAGUGGAUCCUGUUGACGGUAGUGCGUCAGGGCCAGCCAGCCUGUCAGUAUCAGCCGCUGGACUUCGCCUUGGCCUGCACCUAUGUGCUGGUCCUGCUCGUCACAUCUCUGGUGGUUGCGGCCUGCGGCCUGUGCGGGGAGCAGUCACAGUGGAAAUGCAACGUUGCAUGGCUGCUCGCCACCUGCAUCGCCUCCGUCCUGCUGUGGGCCGCCUGGCUGAUCUUCUAUCUGUACGGCAACGUGGCUCUCGGCCUGUCCUCCACCUGGGACGACCCGGCUCAGGCGGUGGUGUUGGUGGCGCAGGCCUGGCUGCUGCUGAUGCUCCACGCCGCCCCCGAGGCCCAUGCCUGCCUGCGUCCCGCCCCGCAACCUACGGGUCCCGAUUACUUUGACACCUCGCAGGCCCCACCCCGCCUGAGGGAGGCCAGCUUCGAUGAGGACAUUCCCCUGUCCCACCGGCAGUUUGGGGAGAACCAGGGCUUCUCAUUUGAAGACAGUAACACAGCUCGUUCCGGAAGUCAGCGGAACGGCAACACAGGAACAAGGCCCAGCGCCCCCUUCCGCAGCAACGUCUACCAGCCCACUGAGAUGACCAUGAUCCUAAACGGCGGGGCGGUGAGUGCAGCUCCUCAUUCAGCAGCUCACACACACGCACAGGUGCCGUCCGCACCCCCAACCUAUACUGGCCGGCAGCUGUGGUGAGCGCUGGCGUGAGGGGGGGCAGGAGACUAGAGGUCUGUCUCCAGGAUUCUGAGUAUCGGCUAAAGGACAUUUGCGUCUUUCAUUUUCUGCUGUUGUUGUUGUUUUCUGAGGCUGCGAUACCAAGCGACACCCCCAGCUCAUGGAGACAGUCCAGGAGCGGCAGAGUCCUCUGUGACAUUAACUAAUGGACAGACUGUGGCAGCCCACUGAGGGAAGGACAGGAAGGAAUUUGCACCUAUAAAUAUAUAUAUAUUAGUUGUUUAAAAUAUAUAUGAUCAGCUGUGGAACUGGUGUGUGUUUUUUUAGCUAAAGGGUUAAACACACUUUUAAUAGUUAUUCCUCAUACCCUACAUGAGAUUCUCUAAUAUUGAUUUGUAUUUUAUAUCAUUUAAUAUGGUUUACUAAAGCUUUAAUUUUAUUUAGCAUUAUAACAGCAUAGACCCAGAACUGCAGAGAGCGGCGUCCGUGCAGGAGUGUGACAGCAUGAUCAACCCUCCGACUGGCAGGACGCCGAUGUACGUCGGUGUGUGUUUGUGCAUUUAUGACACGCUGACUUUGGACUUUAUAACUCCAGUUUCAGAUGUAAUGCUUUCCUCAGAGGUCCCACAUUAAUGGACAUGGACCUGCAGGAGAACCAGUGAAUUUAGACCUUUGAUUUUGUAAGCCAGACUAUUUGUAGCCCGGAUGAGAAUCCAUAUCAGCUUUUUUUUUUUGACUAGAGGAAGAAAGAUCAUUUUAUUGUAUUGUGGGAAAAAUAAGAAAAAUUCACCACCUCACCAUCUAAUAGUGUAUUUAGAAACAUUCAGUGUCCGAGGUUAAUUAGUGUUUACACACCCUUGGUAUUUUCCUGUAUUUUCUGUUCAUUUUCUCACCACACCACAGGCAUUGUGAUCUGAAUGGUCUUGCAGAUGUUGAUUACAUAAAAAUCAAGGUGCCCCCACAGCUUGAAAGGUCCCCCUCCCCGUUUGGAAAGACAUUCUUCUGGCACUACAGUGGUGACAGAUAGUUGGUUGUGAGCGCUUCCCCCAUCAGACCAUCUCUGACUGGGACAUCGACGGCUUGCCGUUUGUGGGCCUGGAGGGGUCUGGGGGCAGCUGUGCAGUAACAGCAGGCACUCAGGGACCGGCAGAGAGGGGAGUGAGCUGUCAGUCUAGGUCCCGCUACUCUGUGUCCAGGGACUGUAUGCUUCAAAAUGCGAAAGUGGAAUGCGACCGGGCUUCCUCGACAACAUGCCCAUUGAAACAAGCCAAACUCAUCGGGGGAGGGGACGGCCCCCAUUUGUGUCUCUAUCGUGAUGGAGUCACUCUGGUGGCUGGUUUCUAGCUGGCCCCUGGGGCUCCACGAGGGAGGGAGCGCUCCAAAAGUAGUGGCAGCACUGAGGGCGCCCAUAGGAGUGCCCGCCCGCCCAAUCUCUGCCGUGGUGCUGCCCGACCACCCGGGGGAACAAGCUGGGUGUCCUCGCUAACAAAAGGUCGCUACGUCUCUACUGUGCCAAGAGGGAGCCCUUGAUCGGACAGGGGCUUGUGCAUCCUGGGAUGCCCGUAGUAGAGACUGGAGGAUGCAUCUCCCCUUCUGCACAGUGGUGACGGCAAAAUGCUUCAUUUUUUACAAAACAUCAAUUAGACAUGCUAAUAUGAAAUCAGUUUUUUUGUUUAAUGUGUGAAUGGGUUUAUUCAGUUAGGUUAAAUGUCUGGCUUUUUUUGUAACAGAUAUUUAAAAGUUCGUAAAACAAUUUGAUAUAAUAUCUCUAGGCUUGUAUUGGAAUUUAUUGAACUGUGAUUAUUUUUAAGAAUAUUAUCUCGAUACUUCUGGGAAAGACCCAGCUGAUUAUCUCCCCCGCUGUUCCCAGCGUGGCCUGGCUGGCUACAUGUAGUCACUCAGCCACUGCUCAGAUCUUUUACUCUACUUAGAUUUUGAGAAAUUUUACAAUGUGGGUGUUUUAGGUAUAUCGAGAUGAUUGUUCUCUUUCGCACUUUAUGAAGGCUAUAACAGAAUCUGCAUAUAUAUGAAGUAAGGGGCUGUCCCUGUCCUCAGCCAGAACAGAAUAAAGGGAAAGGCCACAGGAGUCACAGGAGUCACAGAAGACUUACUGUUGAGUCCAGACCACUCUAGAUAUCAUGAUACAGAUUGACAGAGGUGAGAACAAGGCAUUGGCUUUCAAGUAACAAGCAAGGAUUAUAUUCACACUUGUUCAGAACUUGUAGCUUAGGACUUGAGACUCUGAUUUGUUGACUUAGAGCUUGAGCGAUAAAACUUGAGACUUACUUAUUACUUGAAAGUCAGUGACUUAAUUCCACUUCUGCAGAUUCAUGUUAACACAGUAGAGCAGGGUAUUACUUUAUACUUACACCAGGGUACCAGCUUUUGGCCCAUAAAUGGGUACAUACUUACAUCAUCUGAGGGGCAAAAAAUGUGGCCAGUUUAGCAUCAGUGUCCAUCGGAAACAGCAGUAGUUUUCAGUCAUACGUUGUAUUGAACAUUUAGCAUUAAAGAGGCAAGAGAGGCAUUGGUCACGGGGGCAGCAGUGUUUGAUUUGGCAGUUUUUGGUUCCUACAGCAGAAUCUUCCAACAUCUUCUAAUGUCUAUCUGUGCAGUGUAAGCGUGUUAGCAUCUCAAUGUGUAUUCUGCCCUUGCAAGAGUACACAGAAACCCCCCACCCCACCACCAAAUAGUGGAACAUUCCAGUUCUUGUCAAAUUAUAACAUUUAUGCAGUGAUGUGACAAGUUAUGAAUGUCCAGGUUAACAGAUGAGGGAUGAUUAUUUCUUCAUGACCUCAGUAAGUCAGGGCCAACAGUGGGCUACGGGACCCAGAGCCGAGGGAGCACUGGGAACAGUCCCGAUCAAGCUUUUUCACCAGUGCAACUUUUAACGUGUGUUUACAAGUAUAAUACGAUCAAAAAACAAAGGUAACACAUUACUUGAAGGGACACAAAUAGGGUAGUAUCAUGUAUUAAUUACGUAUUAAUUAACUACGAACUAAGUGUUAGUUACAAACUGAUCUCAUGUUUAUCAUUAACGAAUUGUCACAUCUUUUCUCAAGCAAGUGCUACAUUUCUUACUAUAGCAGUUAAUUAUGUAAACCUUUGUGGACUACUGAAGGAACCACCGAAGGAAGUACUGUAUGAAAUAAUAAUGAAUAACAAAUGUAAAAUAUUGCUGUCAAUUUUGUUCAUCGUUAAUGAAUUGUGACAGAUCAUUUAUGCCAAGUAGUUACUAUAUUUGUUACUAUAUCUGUUAAUUCUGUAACUCUUAGUGAACUACUGAAGGAACAACUGAAAGAACUACUAAUGAAUAACACAAUUGAAAGUCAUGUUUGUUCAUCAUUAAUGAAUCAUGACAUCUUUCAUCUUAGUAACUUGAUUUGUUCAUGAUGUGAACUUCAGUAGUAACUAAUUACUAAGUAUUUUUGUCCCCUCAAAUAACUUGUUGCCAAUAUGAUUAAACAAUUAAGUAAACAGGGUUACAACACAAUAGUUUAACGGAUUGUUUUAGCUUCUUACUUUAUAUGUUUUGAUAAAUCUCUCAGUAGUUUUAGCUCUGUAUGAACCAAGGGGAUGGAACAUCACUGUUAACAGUUACACAGAAGUUGUGUCUCUUUUGCUUGACUGCUCACCUAGAAACACUCCUUUGACUGAAAUGGUCACUAACCUGCCUCUCCUCACUGGCUCGUCCCCGAACAGCCGGUGGGGGUCUGUGGAAGUGUGUCACAGCUGUGACUGUGCCGUCAUGCAGCAUGCCUGUGUACGAACCCCAACCCCCAACGAGGUCGAUCGCUGUUUCUGUCAACAGUUCGGGUGAUCAUUCAAUAAACUGUGACCUUUCUACUG